GCAGCCGCACAACCGCCGACCACCGCCUCCGCCGCGCUCUUGCUGCGCGCGUCGCUCUUGGCCCCUUCCGGCCACCGUUGCUCUCUAUACCGCCGCGCCCCUGACCCGGAAGAGCAUUCUCCUUAGCAACUGCGGGACCGCCGCGGCGCCAGCCUCUCGGGAGCAACGCUAGUGACGACUGAGCUACACAAGGCAGGAAGAACUCUGAGCUGAGCAGUGGAGGCCCCCUCUGGAUCUGGAGAGAAGAGGCAACCUUGGAACCAGUAAUGAGCCAUCCUGACUGCAGGCUGAACCUCCGGCCCCUGGGGACCCCCAGAGGUGUGUCCUCUGUGGUUGGCCCACAUGGUGUUGGUGCUUCGCCAGGUGACAAAAAGUCAAAGAACAAAUCCAUACGAGGGAAGAAAAAGAGCAUAUUUGAAACCUACAUGUCCAAGGAGGAUGUCUCAGACGGCUUGAAGAGAGGAACACUUAUCCAGGGUGUAUUGAGAAUUAAUCCAAAGAAGUUUCAUGAAGCCUUCAUUCCUUCCCCGGAUGGUGAUCGAGACAUUUUUAUCGAUGGGGUUGUUGCUCGUAAUAGAGCCUUGAAUGGGGAUCUGGUGGUUGUGAACCUGCUUCCAGAGGAGCAAUGGAAGGUAAUUAAACCAGAGAGCAAUGACAAAGAAACAGAAGGUGCCUAUGAAUUAGAUCUCCCUGAGGAGCUCUGUGGAAGCCAUCUCCCACAGCAGUCCGUGAAAGGCUAUAAUGACAGUCCUGAUGUCAUUAUAGAGGCUCAGUUUGAUGACAGCGACUCAGAAGAUGGACAUGGCAACACACAGAAUGUUCUGGUUGAUGGUGUCAAGAAACUCUCAGUUUGUGUUCAUGACAAAGGAAAAGAGGAUGCUGAUGCUCCAGUUACAAAAGAUGAGAGCACCUCCAUGUCACAGGACCCAAGAGCUUUACCAGAGAAAUCGCUGCAAAGAUCAGCAAAGGUCAUUGCCCACAGAUUUUCUGCACAUGUCCAAAUGACUGUCACCUGAGCCACCUGUCAGGGGUAUCUCAUGCAGUUCAGUUAGGACUGUAGUUGAUUAGUUAAUCAGAAAAGUCAGUGGAAGCAAGGAGUCAUAAAAAG